ACGUUGCACCAAUCCAGAUCCAAGCAGCAAGACAUCACCAGACAUCUCUGCUAGCUACCUAGCUCAACCUCACCGCCGGCGAUCAUAUCGAUUAGCAACCGCGCGCGCGAAGCAGACCGAUCGAGGAUGGUUGUCGCGUCGUCGUAUUCUGCCAGCAUCAGCACCAGCACCAGCACCAGCACCAGCAGCGAGCUGGGGUCCCUGUUCGCCGCCUUCGACAAGGACGCCGACGGCCGGAUCUCCGCGGCCGAGCUGCGGCUCUGCAUGAAGGCGACGCUGGGCGAGGACGUGUCGGCGGAGGACGCGGAGGCGCUGGUGGCCUCGGUGGACGCGGACGGCGACGGGCUGCUGGACGGGGACGAGUUCGCGCGCCUGGUGCACGCCGAGGUCGGGGAGGAGGAGCGCCACCGGGGGCUCCGCCAGGCCUUCGGCAUGUACGAGAUGGAGGGUCAGGGCUGCAUCACCCCCACCAGCCUCAAGCGGAUGCUUAGCAGGCUCGGCGCGCACCAGGAGAUCGACGACUGCCGCGCCAUGAUCUGCAGGUUCGACCUCGACGGCGACGGCGUGCUCAGCUUCGACGAGUUCAAGAUCAUGAUGAACGCAUGAAUUAAAGGACCAUGCUAGCUGUUGAUCGGUGUAACAUUACAUAGUCCGAUCCCAUUCAUUCAUUGACUCAUUUGUUACGUUACGGUUAAUAAAUUUGGGAAAUUGAAUUGUUCGUUACUUGAAUCACAAAGGAAAUGUCCAUCAUUUGUAUCCUUGAAAGGUCAAACUUGGAAUCACGUGUAGGAUCAUGAUGUCAAACUUGAGUUGUCCAUUACUCCUUCUUGUCUUGUUUAA